AACCCUUACGAUUCUCGUCACGUUGUUCGAACGUAUGAAGAAGCUUCGGAUGAGCUGAGUAUAAAUACAAGACGGAAUCCCUGUAGAAUCACUCCACUCGUCUUCAUCUCUUCUUCUGUUCGAAGUCGGAUCCUUCUCCUCUUCCAAAAUGAAAUUCAUCAUUGCAAGUCUUCUUCUGGCCUCCGUUGCCAUGGGUGCUGAUGUGGCUAUGAACAUGGCUGGUGGAGCUUAUAACUUCGGCUAUCACACUGGUGAUGCUGGUGGUCACAGCAGAGUGGAAUCAGGAGGCCCCGGCACUGCAGCUGGCAGCUACAGCUACAUCGAUGCUAAUGGAGAUUCCCGAACUGUCCACUACACUGCAGGACCUGAUGGAUUCAAAGCUUCAGGAGACAUUGGAGUAGACAGGAAGACCGCCGCUGCCGCUGCUGCGAUGGCUGCCCUUGCACCCAAAGCACCAGUCGCUGCUGCCCCUGUCGCCCCAGCAAUUCACUCACCCUGGUACUAUGGCCAUCCUGGUGCAUACGUCCACCAUCCCGGUGCAUACGUCCAUCAUCCUACUGGCUACAUGGCUAUGUGGUAAUUCUUCCAAACUAAGGGCAGACAUCAUGGACUUGUUGAUGCAUUUUGUUGCCACGCUUAUGGGGAUCAUUGCUUAGGUUCUUUUCUCAGGUUGUGAUUUCCUGCUUCGGGUGUGAUGUAUGCCAUAUUCCUGUGACAAAUCCUCAAUGCCGGAGUGUCAUCCUUACUCUAAUAUUGAUGCUAUAUUGUAAAUACGGUGGAAAUAAAUUGUGAUUGCAACUGUUA